AAAAAUCCUGAACGGAUCAGUUUGCGUUUCUCUGUACGCUACGUUAGCCUCAUCGGCCACCGUAUGAGAAGCUACACUAGCUGGGGAUCCGUUUCUAAAAGUUUCGUUCAGGGCAAAAGGCGAUGCUGUCGGUCCUUCUCAGAUCAGCUCUGCCUAAAUACUGCAGGUUGUGGCGACCUGGCCCGGUCAGAACCAUGUCGUCCUCAGACGGGCCCACGGCGCCGUUCACCGCGCUGGCCGUCAGCCGGCCGGCCGAGUCCGUCACGCACGUCCAGCUGCACCGACCCGCCAAGCGCAACGCCAUGAACAAAGCCUUCUGGAGUGAGAUGGUGGAGUGUUUCCAGCAGAUCUCUGAUGACCAGGCCUGCAGGGUGGUGGUGAUUUCUGGAGCAGGGACGAUGUUCACAGCAGGGAUCGACCUGAUGGACAUGGCGGCCGACAUUGUGCAGCCGGAGGGCGACGACACGGCGCGGAUCGCCUGGAACCUCAGGAAGCUGAUCAGGAGGUACCAGGAGACGUUCUCCGUCUUGGAGAAGUGUCCAAAGCCGGUGGUGGUGGCGGUCCACGGAGCCUGCAUCGGAGGAGGCGUUGACCUGAUCACAGCCUGUGACAUUCGGCUGUGCACCCAGGACGCCUGGUUCCAGGUCAAGGAAGUGGACAUCGGUCUGGCAGCGGACGUAGGAACGCUGCAGCGGCUUCCAAAAGUGAUCGGCAGCCGCAGCCUGGUGAACGAGCUGGCUCUGACCGCCAGGAAGAUGUACGCUGACGAGGCCAAGAGCAGCGGACUGGUCAGCCGAGUGUUUCCAGAUCAGGAAGCCAUGAUGGCCGGCGCGCUGGAGAUGGCGGCGGAGAUUGUGGCCCGCAGCCCGGUGGCCGUGCAGGGAACCAAAAUCAACCUGAUCUACUCCAGAGAUCACGGCGUCGCCGAGGGACUCGACUACAUGGCGACCUGGAACAUGAGCAUGCUGCAGACCCAGGAUGUGAUGAAGUCGGCUCAAGCCGCCAUGGAGAAGAAAAGCCCCAAAGAGACGCUUUUCUCCAAACUCUGAGCCUCACUGCUGACGGUUUUAAUCUCCAGAUUAUUCUCUUCAGCCACCAGAUUAACACCGACCUCCUGGAUGAUCGCUUUGGGUUCUCUAAUCUUUAUAACUUAGGUUUCUUUUUGCAAACCAAUUAUGUUUCUUUAAUAAACUCAUCUGAAUGAA